AGAGAGAGAGAGAGCUAUAGUGACGAUGUCGACCCUGAGAGUUCCUCAACAAGUUCCUCCUGCAUCCGAAGACUGUGAGCAGCUCAAAAAGGCCUUCAAAGGAUGGGGAACCAAUGAGGACUUAAUCAUAUCCAUCUUGGGGCAUAGAAAUGCCGCUCAAAGAAAGGUGAUCCGACAAACUUAUGCCGAAGCUUAUGGAGAAGAUCUCCUCAAGGAGCUGGAAAAAGAACUUACAAGAGAUUUUGAGAGGAGUAUACUGCUUUGGACACUUGAUCCAGCUGAACGCGAUGCAUUUUUGGCCAGUGAAGCAACAACGAAGUGGACUAAAAGCAAUCAGGUUCUUGCUGAAAUAGCCUGCAGUAGGUCUUCACAUGAACUACUCUUGGCAAGGAUGUUGCACAGCACACCAACCCGGGACUUUGGCAAGAGCUACAACUCACACUGAUCUUGUUGUCCAAGCCACGAAGUUGGGGAUUGAUGUGGAAAGUAGUGCCUAAUGCCUCGGUGACAAAUGCAGUUGGAAUCUGUGGAUUACAACUAAACCACUAUGGAGAGAGUUUCAAUUCAAUUCUUCACUGAAACUUGGGGGCCUGGUAGCUUUGACGACAAGAUUAGAAAAAUCGCGGGCUUGGACUGCAUACUCUCUGCUUGUUAGGUUGGGU